CACUCUGCCGUGCCCAGCGGCACGGUAGAGGAGCCGGUUCCCCUGCGCCACAUGGCUCCGGCGGCCGCCACCAUCGCCGUACUCGGCGACGACAUCCUACAGGAGGUCUUCAUCCUCCUCCCAACCCCCGCCGACCUCCUCCGCGCGGCCCUCGCCUGCCAGCCUUUCCUCCGGGUCGCCCGCAGCGAAGCCUUCCUCCGCCGCUUCCGCCACCGCCACCCCUCAACCUGCCCGGUCAUCCUCGGAUGCCUCCUCUACCGCCCCGGCAAGCGCCGCGGGGCCAGCGCCCCUUACCUUCUGCCCGCCGACCUCCUCCGCGCCACGCACCGCACCAUCAAGGGAGGAGACUUCGCCCUCUCCUUCCUCCCCCGCCGCGGCCGGCCGGAUGGCCCCGGCACCCCGUGGCGGCUCCUGGACUGCCGCAACGGCAGCCUCCUGUUGCGUAACGGGGCUUCCGGAGAUCUCGCGGUCGCCGACCCGUUGACCCGGCGCUGGGUCUCGCUCCCCGCGCUCCCCGGUGGGCGCCGCGUAGGGUACGCCCUCGUCGCCGACGACGGCGACUCUUCGGCCCUCAAGGCGGUAUGCAUUUCCCGACGCGCUGGAACCACAGAGCUGCGCGCCUUUCUCCUCUCCUCCGCUGAGCUCCGGUGGGACGACGUGGGUGGCCUCGCGCAGCAGCCCAAUCUCGCUGGAUCCCGCGCGAUGCAAGCGAAACGGUCGCUGUACUGGAAGCUAAUGGGUGGGAGGCACAUGCUGGCGCUCAACACCGCGACGAUGGAGCUCACCGUGCUGGCGCUCCCGCCUUUCUUGCGGGAGCAGAGUUUCGACGUCAUUGAGAAGGGGGAGGAUGGCACCGGUAAGCUCUGUGUGCUCACUAUGCGUGGAUUAUGCAUUGAGGUUUGGAACGGUGAGGAUGACGGCGCCGGUGGGCUGACAUGGACACUGUUGGAAAAGUCGGUGAGAUUCUAUGGGGCGAUGGAACCGAUGAUUCUUUCGGAUCCUUUGGACCAGACUCCACAGGGCGAGGUCAUCGGGGUGGCUGCUGGUGUGGUGUUCUUGCGCAGCGGCAGUUGUCUGCUCUCCAUUCAUCUUGAGACCAUGAAGAUGACGAGGCUGUCUCUGGACGUGAAUUGCCCGUCUCCGCUGAUAUAUCCUUACACGAUAGCAUGGCCGCCAGCGUUCUUGAACCCUACUGAACAAGGUGCUUGAUAAGGAAUGUGAAGCUACAUUUCAGCUUAUGAUGAUUAUGUGGCAGAGCUGUUAUUGGAAAAGGAUGUCAUUUGAUCAUCCAUAUGAAUUCUUGAGACAUGAUAGCCGCGAACCUGCUCUAGUUGUCCUUAUAUGUUUUAGCCUCGUAUCAUGUAAUUAGUUGUGCUUGCAGUCUUAGUUGGUGUGUUGUGUUCUGCCACCAUUAUGUGUAUGGUCACUCUAUUGCCUGAGGUUAUAAUUUCGGAAUAUAGUAUUUAGCAUGCUUUUGUGA